AUGCCAUCUGCUGGACUAUUUCCUCGUCCGGAGGUGAGACCGGUAGGACGUGCUGAUGACAAAGGCUAUCCCAGGUGCCGAUUGGUGAACUGUCCAUCGCCUCGUCAUCUCGAAGAUGAGGAUUCGCCUACAGCCGCGCAGGAGACCUCAAGGUAAGCCAUCCCCAGAUAAUCUGAACAUGGCUUUGCUCUCGUUGCCUGCUCACCAUCUUCAUUUCAGCAAUGAACUAAGCCAAAGGUUGGCCAACCUUCCAAUCUCCGCGGCCGCCGACGAGAACGCCUCCAUGGAGAAUCGGUGGUGUUAGCUAAGGGACACGAUCCAUUUUAGCGCUCUGGCUGUCCUCGGUCGCGCACGUCGCCAACAUCAGGACUGGUUUGAUGACAACGACGUCGCCGUCAGCAACCUGCUCGCCGAAAUGAACUGCCUGCACAAGGCCUACGUCAGCCUCCUCAUCAACAACAAAGCAGGAUUCUACCGUAGCGGCUACCUUGUGCAACAGCGGCUGCGUGAAAUGCAGGACGCUCGGACGGCUCGCAAGACCGAGGAGGUCCAGGGGUAUGCAGAUCGCAACGAAUGGAAGAAUUUCUUCUUUGCGUUCAAGGCUGUCUACGGCCCCACGGACAAAGGUGCUGCUCCUCUUCUCAGUGCUGACGGCAUUAUCUUACUCACCGACAAGAACAAUUCUAUAGCGAUGGGCCGAACACUUCAGAAGCGUCCAUAA